AUGGACAAGAAAAUCAAGGCAGCUCAGCUGAAAAAGAGAAUCGCAGUGGAACAUAUAAAAUCGCUGGAACGGUUUCAAGCGGCAUUUACACCCGAUGAGGCCAACCAAAUUCCGGAGGUGUUAGCAGAUUUGGAUAUGCAUAAGGCAGGGUUUUUCGCUGCAUUUGAAAAACUCAUAGAGAUUGAUGAAAGUAGCGAAACCAUCGAAGCGUGCAUCUCGGAAAAGAUCGACAUCGAAGAUCGUUGCAGGAAGCUGAAAUCUUUCUUACGUGGACAUCAAAUGAAGGAGGAAAAUCCACUCAUAGACGCGACGGGUUUGGCUUCAUCUACACUCGCGUUUAGUCGGCCUUACACACCAAACUUACGCCUUCCGAAGGUAGAGCUUCCAACGUUCGAUGGUGACCAGACAAAAUGGCUUUCUUUUCGCGAUCGAUUUUUAUCGAUGAUCGACGCUUCGGCGGAACUUCCCUCCAUCGCAAAACUCCAGUACUUGCUGUCAUCAUUAAAGAGCGAAGCGGCAGUGCCAUUCGAACACACAUCUCUAACAGCAGAUAAUUACUCUCUAGUAUGGACGGCUCUGCUGAAACGGUACGAUAAUUCACGAAUGCUUAUUCGGGGAUAUUAUCGAAAGCUACAUCAUCUCCCGGCAGUGCAAUCGGCGUCCAUCGGCAAACUAAGACAACUAGUGGACGAAUUCAUUCCUGUUGUAAAUGGAUUACAAAAGCUACAGGAACCGGUCGAUUCGUGGGAUACCCCACUCUCGAACCUACUGCUGUUGAAGCUCGACCGUGAAACACUAAUAGCGUGGGAGAAACAUUCGGUUCACUUCGCCAGAGACCGGUAUAAGGAUGUGCUCGAGUUCGUGCAAGAUAGGAUUCAAAUCCUAAAAUCGGCGGAUGAAAUGGUGUUUGAAGAGGCUAGUGGUAGUAAGGUGGCCGGCGUUCCUCGUCAAGCCGUUCAAAAAAGGUCUGUUUCAAAUGCAGCCACAGCUAGUUUGACCCCGGCUACCACGUAUGUUCAUCGUCAGCAAGCAAAAUGUCCGUUGCAGUGCGUAGAAGACCAUCGUUUAUCCAGUUGUCCCGUCUUCAUUGCUAAGGAUGUUCAGCAACGGCGUGAGGUUGUUACUACAAAAGGGCUAUGCUGGAACUGCUUGAGCAACACUCAUCAAGUCAGAGCGUGCAAAUCUGGUUAUACGUGUCGAACGUGUCGUGAACGUCAUCACUCGUUAUUGCAUCGGGCACCUUCCGCAACGGUUACAAUGGCUGCACAUUUGGAUGACGAAAAAGUGUUCUUGGAGACGGCGCAAAUUCAUAUAAGGGACGACUAUGGAAACAACCACGAGGCAAGGGCCUUGCUGGAUUCCGGAUCCAUGUCAAAUUUCAUCUCUGAUGAAUUUGCUCGGAAACUGUUGACCAGUCGUAAGAAGGUUAACAUCGCUGUAUCGGGCAUCGGAAAUGCAGUACAGCAGGUGAAGGGUUCGAUCAUCGCUACGGUCGAAUCCAAGACAAAACCCUUUACAUCGGAGAUGGCUUUCCUGAUUCUGGACACGCCAUCAGCUCACAUUCCUACAUCACCCACUGAUGUAUCAUCAUGGAAAUUGCCAGAUGUGGCAUUGGCUGACAACACUUUCAACAUCCCCGGGCAAAUUGACAUCGUAAUCGGAGGCGAUGCAUUCUGGGAGCUACACACCGGUCGCAAGCGGUCCUUCGGCAAAGGCAAGCCGUGGUUGGUGGAAACGCACUUCGGAUGGGUGGUUACCGGAAACACUCAUCAUUCGUCACCUGGGCCCCGACUGUGCCAUCUCGCAGCCAAUGAAUCCUCGUUGGCGGACAUCAUGGAGCGGUUUUGGGAGAGCGAGGCCAUAGCCGAGGAACCUGUGCUAUCGGCUGAAGAGGAAGCCUGCGAAAGACACUACGUGUCCACCACUGUUCGCAACUCAGCGGGAAGGUAUGUCGUUCGUUUGCCUUUUAACUCCAAUCCUCAUAUCAUUUUAGGAGAGUCUCGAGCCACUGCUGAUCGUAGACUAUGCUGUAUGGAACGUCGUUUAAACAGCAACCCUAAAAUGAAAGAAGAAUACGUAAGGUUCAUGCGGGAAUACGAGCGUUUGGGGCACAUGAAAAGGAUACACGAUCAGGCAGAAGAUCCAGGUCAGUUUUAUUACCUUCCUCAUCAUGCGGUUGUCAAGGAAUCAAGCACAAGUACCAAGGUUAGGGUAGUUUUCGAUGCCUCAUGCAAGACGUCCACUGGUUACUCGUUGAAUGAUAAGCUACUGGUCGGACCAGUAAUUCAGGAGGAUCUUUUCAGUAUCAUUCUUCGGUUCCGCUCCCAUGCUAUUGCCAUAACUGCUGAUGUGGAGAAAAUGUAUCGGCAGAUUCUUCACGAUCCACGCGAUAGAAGCUUCUUGAGAAUCCGAUAUAGAGAAUCCCCGACAGAAGUUAUAUCCACAUUCGAAUUGCAAACGGUUACGUAUGGUACAGCAGCUGCCCCAUUUUUGGCUACCCGAACACUUCGACAAAUUGCCCUCGAUCACAAGGAGCAGUAUCCAUUAGCUGUAAACGCGGUUAUGAACGAUUUCUACGUAGACGAUUUGUUAACGGGGACUGAUGAUCUAACUAAUGCCAUUGCAAUACGACAGCAAAUUUCAGAAAUGCUAAAUUCGGCAGGCUUCACACUGAAAAAAUGGGCAUCUAACCUGACGGGAGCACUAGUAAACAUUCCUACCGAAGAUGUGGCGGUUCAACUAACACAUGAGUGGCAAGAUGCGAAACAAGUGUCCACCCUAGGCAUCGUUUGGGAACCCACAACUGACAUGCUUCGAUUUCGAGUAGAUUUACCACCUGCACCAGCGACGCAUCACAAUCGGCUUAUGGUGCUUGCUGUUACAUUCGAGCUGAAGGUCUGGAAGGAGUCACCGUUCACCUGCUCACAGCUAAGUCAAAGGUAG